CGGGCAGGCGGUGGGAGAGGUCGGGGAACAGAGACGUCAGCCUGACGCUCCUCCUUUGGCUGGACACAGGCCAGGCGUGGCCUCAGAGGGCGGCGGGUGGAAGGUGGCCUGCAAGGACCGGGUGGGAGAUCCUGCCCCGGGCGCCGGGGGUGUCAGGCAGCUGGCCCGGAAGACGCCCUGCUUCCUCUUCUGCCCUCAUCGGCACAGCCGUCCCACAGUCCCUGCCAGGGACCAAGAGCCGCACUGAUCACCCAGGGAUUCUCCCUCCCAAACCAAACGCCUCCAACUGACCUCUGACUCCUGACCUCUGGCCCCAUCUGUCCUGUCCUGCCCUUUGUAAGGGGCUGGGAGUCCCUAGAAACUGUGCCGUGGGAGUGGGUGUCUGCUCACCCAGAGUGCAAAGGCUGUGCAGGGGCUUGGCCCUCAGCCCCCCGCCGAGCCCAGCAUGGCGCGGCGGCUGCAAGAUGAGCUGGCCGCCUUCUUCUUCGAGUACGACACUCCCCGAAUGGUGCUCGUGCGCAACAAGAAGGUGGGCGUCAUCUUCCGCCUGAUCCAGCUGGUGGUUCUGGUCUACGUUGUUGGAUGGGUCUUUGUCUAUGAGAAGGGCUACCAGACCUCCAGUGGCCUCAUCAGCAGCGUGUCUGUGAAACUCAAGGGUCUGACUGUGACGCAUCUCCCAGGAGUAGGCUCCCAGGUCUGGGAUGUGGCUGACUACGUCUUCCCGGCCCAGGGGGACAGCUCCUUCGUGGUCAUGACCAAUUUCAUCAUCACCCCCCACCAGGCCCAAGGCUACUGUGCAGAGCAUCCAGAAGGGGGCACGUGCAAGGAUGACAGUGGCUGCACUCCAGGAAAGGCAGAAAGGAAGGCCCAAGGCAUCCGCACAGGCAAGUGUGUGGCCUUCAAUGACACUGUGCGGACAUGUGAGAUCUUCGGCUGGUGCCCUGUGGAAGUGGAUGAUUACAUCCCACGCCCUGCCCUUCUCCAAGAGGCCGAGAACUUCACUCUCUUCAUCAAGAACAGCAUCAGCUUUCCACGCUUCGAGGUCAAGAGGCGCAACCUGGUGGAAGAGGUGAAUGCCACCUACAUGAAGAGAUGUCUCUAUCACAAGAUCUCACACCCGCUGUGCCCCGUCUUCAAUCUUGGCUAUGUGGCACGAGAGUCAGGACAGAGUUUCAGCACCCUGGCCGAGAAGGGUGGGGUGAUAGGCAUCACCAUCGACUGGAAUUGCGACCUGGACUGGCACGUACGACACUGUAAACCCGUCUAUGACUUCCACGGGCUGUAUCAGGACAAAAAUCUGUCUCAAGGCUUCAACUUCAGGUUUGCCAAGCAUUUCGUGGAGAAUGGGACCAACCGCCGGCACCUCUUUAAGGUGUUUGGGAUUCGCUUUGACAUCCUCGUGGAUGGAAAGGCUGGGAAGUUUGACAUCAUCCCUACAAUGACUACCAUCGGCUCCGGGAUCGGCAUCUUCGGGGUGGCCACAGUUCUCUGUGACCUGCUGCUGCUCCACAUCCUGCCCAAGAGACACUACUACAAGCAGAAGAAGUUCAAGUAUGCGGAGGACAUGGGACCACAGGCGGGUGAGCGUGACCUCGCAGCCACCAGCUCCACCCUGGUCCUACAGGAGAACAUGAAGACGUCCUGACCCACAGCCCCGAGGACUCCUGACUGGACUCAGCUUCAGGCGGGGCCCUGGUGGGGUCCUAGCCAGGGUGGAGGGGUCUCUUUGGCAGCUCUCCCACCCUCUCAGCCAGGCAGAGACCAGUUUGCUGGCAGCUCAGGGUGGACACUGGGAGGGACCUGUGCAAUUAUGAACUUUGGCUCCAAACCCUGCACCCCGCCAA